AUGUCGACAACAGCUACUCAGCAAACCGAGUCUGUCCGCUUGACCAACGAAGACCAACUACCUCCACUCCCACCAGCAGCAAGCGAUGCAACGUUCCAGGGUCUUGCACGCGGAGGUCGAAACGGAACCUUGAAACUGCGUGGUAUCCCAACAUUCUCAGACCUAACCGAGAAGCGUAAGUGGAUGAAAGAGCACAUGGCUGCUGCAUUCCGGUAUUUCGGCAAGCUAGGGUAUGGAGAGGGUGUCUCCGGGCACAUUUCAAUGCGAGACCCUAUUCUCAAAGACCAUUUCUGGAUGAACCCGUUCGCCAAGCACUUCUCGACUAUCAAGGCUUCAGACCUUGUUCUUCUAGAUUCUGACGGAUUUGUCGUCGAGGGUGGAGCCCAGCUACCCGUCAAUGAAGCUGGAUUCUUGAUCCAUUCAGAGAUUCACAAGGCACGCCCGGAUGUGGUUGCUGCGGCACAUACGCAUGGCGUCCAUGGAAAGACAUGGAGUUCAUUUGGCAAGCCUAUUGAGAUGAUUACGCAAGAUGCAUGCAACUUCUUUGGCCGACUGGGCGUCUACGAAGACCAUGGUGGUGUUGUUCUGUCUGCAGAGGAAGGAAAAGCCAUUGCACGCGCUUUGGGCAAGGAGAAUAUCGCAUGUAUCUUGCAAAACCAUGGCCUCCUGACUGUCGGUCGAACUGUCGACGAAGCAGCAAUCCUCUAUUCAAUGCUGGAGAAUGCCUGUCACUCCCAACUUCUUGCUGAGGCGGCAGCAGCCAAUGGUCUCCCGAAGAAGAUUAUCAAAGACGAUGCAGCCAAGUUCACCGCUGAUGCUGCUCAGAAUCCUCACAACUUUUAUACAGAGUUCCAACCCGAGUUUGAAUUGCUUGUCGAAGAGACAAAUGGACGGUUCCUUCAGUAG